UCUCUUCAGACUCUUCUUCUUCUUCUCCUUCUCUCUAAUCUCUCUCUCUUCAGACUCUGCGUGUUCAUACCAAAAGCUUCUCCCAGUUUUCUCCCACCAAACACCCACAAGCCCACUACAUAACACAUAACCCAUCGACCCCCAUUUUCACUAAUUUUGACUCGUACUUCUCUCUCUACAGCGCCAUGGACUCUCACAUCUAUGGUCGCUCCUCCCUCUCCUUCUUCUUCGUCGUCUUCCUCACUCUCUUCUCACUCUCCUCCGCCGUCUCCGCCGCCGCAUUGCCUCGCAACCCAAAACCCUUAUCCCCCAAAUCCAACUCCUCCGCCCAGAUAAACUCCAACUCCGUCCUCGUCGCCCUCCUCGACUCGCAUUACACCGAGCUCGCCGAGCUCGUCGAGAAGGCCCUGCUUCUCCAGACCCUCGAGGAAGCAGUAGGCCAGCACAACAUAACCAUCUUCGCGCCCAGAAAUGAGGCCUUGGAGCGCCAAUUGGACCCCGAAUUCAAGCGCUUCUUGCUCGAACCCGGUAACUUGAAGUCCCUCCAGACCCUCCUCAUGUUCCACAUUAUCCCCAGCCGUAUCGGGUCCACUCAGUGGCCCAAGGAUUCCGGGUCGGGUCGCCACCGCACCCUCUGUAAAAACGAGCAUCUCCACCUCUCCAGCAAAGACUCCGGCAACAAAAAGGCGGUGGAUUCUGCGGAGGUUGUCCGACCCGACGACGUGAUCCGACCCGACGGUCUCAUCCACGGAAUCGAAAGAGUCCUAAUUCCUCGCUCAGUUCAAGAAGACUUCAACCGGAGAAGAAGUUUACGGUCGAUUUCCGCUGUUAUACCCGAGGGUGCCCCGGAAGUGGAUCCGAGAACCCACCGGCUGAAGAAACCCGCACCGGCAGUACCCGCCGGAGCCCCACCGGUUCUGCCCAUUUACGACGCUUUGGCGCCGGGUCCUUCUCUAGCUCCGGCUCCGGCACCCGGACCCGGCGGUCCCCGCCACCACUUCGACGGCAUGAGCCAGGUUAAAGACUUCAUCCACACACUUUUGCAUUACGGCGGGUACAACGAAAUGGCCGAUAUCUUGGUAAACCUGACCUCGUUGGCGACGGAGAUGGGCCGGUUAGUCUCAGAGGGUUACGUUCUGACGGUUUUGGCGCCAAAUGAUGAGGCGAUGGCGAAGCUGACGACGGACCAAUUGAGCGAACCGGGUGCGCCGGAGCAGAUUGUUUACUAUCAUAUCAUACCGGAAUACCAAACGGAGGAGAGUAUGUACAAUUCCGUCAGGAGAUUCGGGAAGGUGCAAUACGAUACGCUGAGGCUGCCGCACAGGGUUGUGGCCCAGGAGGCUGAUGGGUCGGUGAAAUUCGGGUCGGGCGAUGUGUCGGCGUAUCUUUUCGACCCGGAUAUCUAUACGGAUGGUCGGAUUUCGGUGCAAGGUAUUGAUGAGGUUCUGUUUCCGGUUGAAGAAGAGAAGAAAGCAACUCCGGUUGUUAAGGCCGCUGCUGCUAAGCCCAGAAGAGGGAAGUUGAUGGAAGUAGCUUGUAGUAUGCUUGGAACUCUUGGGCACUUCAGUACAUGUCAAUGAAGAAGAUAUAUGGGAUGCUCUCUCAGUCAGUCUCUUACUUGAGCCCCCCAAAAAGAAAUUACGGAAAAAAAAAUAUGUGUUCAUGUAAACAGUUAAUGAUAAAAUGGUAAAUACAUGGGUUCUCUCCUCCUCCUAUGUUCAUUGUAAUUUGUUCGUUUUUUGAAAAAACAUGAUUCCACUUUGGGUAAACAGAGAGUUUUUGUCACACAAUGCAGUGUAGGAUGAUGGGGUUGAUGCAUAAUACAGUGAAUUAAUGGAUGUAUAAAACAGAGGAAAUUCCAUCCAUUGUUUUGCUAUGAAAUCUGUAAUUACAUACGAUUUCUUUUCUUAAUUAUUUUAUUGGUUGGGUUUGCUUGCUCUC